GAGGUGUUCACCCUCGACAAUAGGAUAGACCAAAACUCGUGCCUUCAUUUCUGAACUCCGCUUGAGCGCAUCAGGUCGAUCUACAUCCGAGCGUACGACUAUGGCCUCCAGAUCUGUUCCGCGACACGCUCUGCAAUGUCUUUACAAGCGACCGUUGACUUCUGCAGCGGAGGCUCCGAAGCGCAUAUUAUCGACUCAGGCUUCAGCACGAUGUCUACAUGCCUCCGCAAGAACGUCGCCUCUCGGACCCUCGCAAUACCGGCCUUCAAUUCCACAGAGACCUAUCGCCAAAAACAGUCUACAGUCCCGACGAACGAUAUUCAUACAGACUGAGACCACUCCGAAUGAAGACGCUCUAAAAUUCAAUCCGAACACGCGGGUACUACCAGAGACAAUCAGCUCAGGAUUCCUUGAAUACCUAAAUCCUCGAUCCACGCUUGCGCCUCCUCACCCUUCCCCACUCGCCGCAAAACUUAUGGCAGUCGAUGGCGUAACAUCGGUAUUCUUUGGUGUAGACUACAUAACUGUUACAAAAGACAGCGCAACGCCAUGGGCACACGUGAAACCAGAAGUGUUCAGUAUUAUCAAUGAAUUUGUUCUCUCUGGCCAGCCAAUGGUUAAAUCAGUCGAAGAUAAAGCCGGAGAACAAGGACAAGAGUCUUCGGAACAAGAUAGCCUCGCAUACAAUGAGAAUGAUAGCGAGACUGUUAGCAUGAUCAAGGAACUCUUGGAUACUAGGAUCAGGCCUGCGAUCCAAGAAGAUGGGGGCGAUCUUGAAUUCCGGGGCUUUGUUAACGGGCAGGUCUUGCUGAAGCUUGUAGGGGCUUGUCGCACGUGUGACUCAAGUACAGUCACGUUGAGAAAUGGCAUUGAAGGAAUGCUGAUGCACUACAUUGACCAAGUGCAGGGCGUUCAGCAGGUUAUGGACCAAGAGGAAGAAAUCGCAAUGCGGGAGUUUGCAAAGUUUGAAGAAAAACUGAAGGAGACAAAAGGCGCGGCAGCCAUCGCAGCAAGUCCCCUGGAUGCCGCCCCUUGAGCUUACUGAGGCGCUGGAGGUAUGUCCGGACAGAUGUCUGGUGACACGUCCUUGUAUAUUUCACUCUGAUACAUGUUCCGCCUGUAAAAUAGCUUCGAAGCGAUGUGCCUGGAAGAAUGAUUGUGUGUAUACACUUUGAGCCAACUUUGUCUACUGUAUAGGAUAUAAAUACCACACUGGCAUUCCAUU